AUGCCCCUCCCUCCGUCUCCCCUGAAGCUGGCUCACCGCUACCCCUCCUCCAAUAUGGACGAUUCUCCUAUUUCACCAGGGGCUCCGGGGGUCAAUGUAGUUGCUCCUGAAAGUCCGAAAUCUCCACGAACACCCAGAAUGUCCGCGCCUCCUUCUCCAGUCCUACCCCGCCAGAACUUGAACGGAUCCCACCGGGAAUCAGUGGACUUCUCCACUGAUACAGGUGGGGGUGGACUGGGUAAUCUGGCUGAUGAGCUAGCAGAUGCAUGGGAAGAGGAUGAAGAUGGUUAUGGAUAUGCUUCAGGACAGGAAAAUAGCCGAGCGGGAUCCCAGCAGAUGGAUAACAGCGAUAUGGAAGAUGCAUAUUUACAAUCUGUUCGCAAUAUGCGAUCUCAGUCACCAUCAGACUCGCCAGCAAGAAACAGACUCCGAGCAAACCAGAUUCGACAGCACCGGCGGCAAGAAUCUCAUUAUGAUGGAUCAGACUAUGGGAAUGAUUCCGAUCUUGAAGAGACGGCUGAUCUAUCCCCCGCAUUAGAGGCCCAAAUGGCCGAUAUAGAGAGCCUCGUCCGACGUGGGAUUGAGAACAAUGGCAGCGAAAAUGACCAUGUUAUUAAAAGGACGGUUGAAGCGCUCAGGGAUUUGGGUAGCCAGAGCGGCAUUGAGAACAGUGCUACACGGUAUGCUUCCUUUGAUGACCCGGUGCUGGAACUUUCGCAAUCUAACUUCUCUCCUAUUUCUAGGCUCAUCACAGCCCAUUCUUCAAUUACAUCUCACCUUACUCACCAAACCCGUAUUCUUCAAUCACUCAUCCACCCGCUCCUCGUAUCACCAUUCCCUCUAUUAUCCGAAGACGCCAUUGACUCUCUUAUUCCCUUGAUCGACGAAGGCCUCUUGCCUAAUCUCCCAUAUCCAUUCCCGGAACAAACGCACCGGAACUCCAGGCCAGCAACACCAUCACAAGCCUCUACUGUGAACCCUCUUGUAUCGAUUCAGGCUUUAAUUUCUCAAACGGUGGAGAUUACACACUCGCUCCGCGGUCUUAGCGAUACCCUGUAUGAAUCGCGCCAAUUGACCUCAACUGCAUCCCGCCGAUUGAGAUCCGCACGGGAACUUGUGGCUGAACUCAGACGCGAGGAAGAAAGUCUAGAAGAGGGUUCGCGCUGGAUUGAGCGAGGCGAGUGGGAUCGCAAGCUUAAAGACCGUGAAGCUGGCAAGGAAUGCGGCGAUGUAGUCAGUGGUUUCGAGGCUGUAUGUGGAGAAUGGCGCGAGAAGCUUUUCGGAGCAGCUGCAGCUGAGGUAGCUGCAGGGUAA